CACAAGAGAGCAGUGUAAUGCUGUCAUUUCACCUGAGUCAGCAGAACAUUCUCUGUUCUCUGAUUUUAGAAGCACCAAGCAAAUGGUUGGGGGAGGAAAUAUUACAGAGGUCACUUAUUUCAUCCUUUUGGGAUUCUCUGAUUUCCCCAGAAUCCUAGCAGUGCUCUUUGUUGUAUUCCUGCUCAUCUACAUUAUGACUCUGACUUGGAACUUGUGCCUCAUCAUCUUAAUAAGGAUGGACUCUCACCUCCACACACCCAUGUACUUCUUCCUCAGUAAUCUGUCCUUCAUGGAUAUCUGCUAUGUGACCUCCACAGCCCCCAAGAUGCUCUCCAGCUUUUUCCAAGAGCAGCAAACUAUCACCUUUGUGGGUUGCGCCAUUCAAUACUUUGUUUUUUCAAUCAUGGGACUGAGUGAGUCUUGUCUCAUGACAGCCAUGGCUUAUGACCGAUAUGCCGCCAUUUGUAAUCCUCUUCUCUAUUCAUCAGUCAUGUCACCCACCCUCUGUAUUCGGAUGGUGCUGGGGUCCUAUCUGGCUGGACUCUCUGCUUCUGUAUCCCAAUUGUGUGCCAUACUUCAGCUUCACUUCUGUGGGCCUAAUGUCAUCAACCACUUCUUCUGUGACAUGCCCCAGUUGUUAGUCCUGUCCUGCACUGACACUUUCUUUGUGCAACUCUUGACUGCUAUAUUAACAGUGAUCUUUGGGAUAACAAAUGCCUUCAUCAUCAUGAUAUCCUAUGGCUAUAUUGUCAUCUCUAUCAUGAAGAUCACUUCAGCUAAAGGCAGGUCCAAGGCUUUCAACACCUGUGCUUCUCAUCUGACAGCAGUGUCCCUCUUCUAUACCUCAGGUAUGUUUGUCUAUUUGAGUUCCAGCUCUGGUGGCUCCUCCAGUUUUGACAGAUUUGCAUCGGUUUUUUACACUGUGGUUAUCCCCAUGUUGAAUCCCUUGAUUUACAGUCUGAGGAACAAGGAAAUCAAAGAUGCCUUGAAGAGGAUACAAAAGAAGAGAUGUUACUGCUGA